UUAGUGAACGUUUGUUUGCUCGCUCAUGAGUAAAUUUGUACUAUAUUGUAAAUUUGUACUGUGUGUAUCAAAUGUUACGCUAUAUAUACACAUAUUAGGUAAACUACAUUUCUAACUUGAAAACUAGCCGGGACGGCUCAGCAUGUAUAAGGAAGUAAAGACGUAUUCUUGAAGUUUGCUUUUUUGGUUAAGUACUGGAGAAAUAUACGAGACACAGAAAUUCGUACAAGAGACUCGUUAUCCUGUAUUUGAAGAGAAAUGGCUGCAUCCUUGUCAGCGUAUUGGGUAAAAUUUUUCAAAGGCGCUGGUUUUCCUCAAGAUUUGGCUACGAAACAUGCACUUGUAUUCUCCAACAAUCGUAUCAAACCAGACAUGUUACCAGAUUUAGAUAAAUCUAGUCUCAAGGACAUGGGUAUUACAUUAAUGGGUGAUAUGAUUGCUAUUUUGAGAUAUGCCAAGAAAGUGGUCGAAGAAACAACCUGCGAGAGAUUUUUGGUUGAUUCUGAAGAUACACUUUCUGCACCAAAGAACCUCUCUGCACAACCUGUACAUCUAAAAAAAAUAGUAAAAGAAGUAGGCAAAAAGAUAGUGAUUUCACCCACUACUGUUAAAGCAGAAGAACCUGUGAAGAAGGUUCAAAUCAAACCUCUGUCUACGACAAAGAAAAUUAUAACCAUAAAAAAACCAAUUUCUGCACCAAAUGUUACCAAUACUGAAUAUGUUAGUCAAAAGAAGCAGUUGCCUGUUAAAAGAAAACUUGUUUCUGAUGAAGCUUAUGAAAGCAAUGAGGAAGAUAAUUGGAAUAUUACGGAAAAGAAAAAAGUAAAAAUGUCAAUAAAUAAUAACGAAGACAGUGCUGAAUAUAAAGUCGUUCCUUCAAAGACUUCAAGUGUAAGAGUUCAACAGAUACAUAAACCUAUGGAACAGAAACGUACAGUGUUUGACAGAUUAGGUGACAGUUCUGUUACAAGUACAACCAACUUGGUUGACACAUCACCUACCUUCAAUAUCACUGGUAUCAAUAAGGAUGUGUUUAAGAAGUCGGUCAGUGUAUUUAAGCGUCUCGGUGAAAUAGAUGACAAAAAAGAUUACGUAGUUACUGCAGGGAUAUUAAAAAAUGGCUCAAGUAAUACCAUCAGUUCACCAGGCAUUCUGAAGAACAAAAUUCCCGAUGCACGCACGUCGAUCAUAACGACAAAGAGAAUCGCAACUAAAACUACAGGCACAAUGCAUGCUGAUCAUGAAGUCGGCAAGAAGACCAUAUUAAACAAUACGAAACGUAUACUCAAGGUAGAAAGGAAACUGAUAUCACCGCCUGAUACUACUCUCAGUGAUAAAAGAAUUACCAAAAUUACAAUGUCACCUGGCAAAUUGGCUUCGGAACGACUCGUCUCAAUACCAGCCAAGGCGCGACUUGGUACAACCACACCUAAACAAGUGACUUUCAGCAAAGUGGCAACAGUCACACAUGUGAAGAAGGCAGAUGUUUUUAGCCGAUUAGGCGUAUAGGCGUUUUCUUUUUUUAUCGUCAUUACAUCGUUAAGUCAAAAAACAGUGGAUUGCGAUUGUUACUUUGUACAAAGUUAUUAGGUAGUUCCCUAAGCCAGCUGCACUGAUUGUUAGUUAGCGGUUAAUGGUGAUUUACUUAAUUUUUCUCCAAUCUUUUUUCCAUCAAGAGAACAUAUACCGCUAACUACACUCGGAUUACAAGGCUGAUUUUGCGUAUUGCAAUGUCGUGUAAAUAUAAUAAAAAAGAUAUAUUACGGUUUCUAUAUAUAU